AUGAGAAACUCUGAACCUCAACAGUCCACUCCCGACCAUGGGUUGACGGCUAGCUCUCAUGUUAUUGAUGUUAUCAAAAAAAUGAGUUUCUUCCUCAAAUCAAAAGACGAUACCUCGAGAUUUGUCGGUCUAGCGCUUCUGAAGACGAUUUUAGAUAAGGAAGAAGUGGUUAAAGACAGCGCUCAACUCCAACUCCUUUGGAAAAUGGUUCCACCUUCAUUCCUCGAUCGCCUGCUUCGAGCCCAGGUUACGGAGAAGAUCAGCCAAGAGGAGGCAAGAAGUAUGGUCGAUCUUGCGGUUUCCGUUUUACACAUCUUCGUUGUUCUACUACCAGAUAGAUUACAGCUCGGUCACAAGUUGACUGGAAGAACAGCUGCAUUAGUCCGGGCGCUCGCCAGCAGUACUCCAGAAAGCACGAAGCUCAAUUUACAAAUUCUUUUGACCAUCGUCAGUGAUGUCGAAGGGUCUAGCAGGCUCUUAAGCCUUGACAGCAAAGUGCCCUUGAUAGUGGUUGCGAAAGAAGAGCCGCGCGCUUUGGAUAUAUUUCAGUACGCGUGGGUGAAUGUGACAGCUACAGCGGAUGGGAGCGGGCUGGAGAUUGUGCGAGCGAGCAUGGAAGAAGUGCUGCCCCAACUUCUUGAUGUAUUUAAAGGAACUGAUGCUGUCACUCUAUCAAAUUUUAUUUCAAAUCUACUUUCAAGACUAGACCAACAUAUAUUGCCUCGUCGGCCACAGUGGUUAACACCGCUUGUCAGCAUACUUCGGAAGCUGGUCUUAAACAAACCAACCAUGGCCGUUCGAACAUCAUACACUAAACUCGCCGCCAAUUUGCUUCUAACCUGGCCCGAAUUAUCUCCAUCUCUAUUGUUUGGCGAGGAUUCGAAACUUCCGGCCGAGACCAAGUGCUUUGCAUAUUUCUUCAUCAACCUACUCCUGAUAGACCUACGUUCGUCAUUUGCGUCCUUGCUCUCAAUACUCAAUGACGACGUCUACAUUGAAACAUCACCAAGACUCGCCGCCGCAUUUGAUAUCAUCUCUAGCUUUAUCGGCUACCUAAUGCGCUCGCUCGAUAAUGCCGGCGACCAGUACGUGAUAAACAUAACGCCGGAUCAGCUCUUGAAGCUGCGUAAGGACAUGGCGGAAACUAUGUCGCUCACUAUAGAGUACUUGCGUGACCGGUGGGACGCGUCCGUGGCUGGAGCGGCCGGCUUACAUCCAUCGGCACGGGACGGCACAGCUGUAAGCUCGCGCGGCGCGCGACUUACAUUAACGUGGGAUUCGCUACGAGGAGAGGUACGCAGCGAUGGCCUCGUCUGUUCCGGCCUCCGUGCUCUCGCACUCUGGCUACACGAAGAUGAUAACGAGCGACUGCGCAGCGAAGCGGCGGGCUUGAUGGACAUGUGGCUCGACCUCUAUGACACGACGGCUGCCGGCCCCUCGGAUCUACGCUUUCCCAUAGUCCUCGCCUUCGAAGGCGUCGUGGGGACGGAUGACGGACUUGACGAGUUUUUGACGCAUUCAGGAUGGCAGGUCUUAGCUCAAGAUUUGGCAGACAUCAUUUGCCAGAUCAACGCCGCCUGUUCUGCCGACACCAGAUUUCUAUCUUCUGAAGCACAACGCGGCCUACAAAUUGUGCGCGUUUUGCUUGCUGUCAUUGACCAUCCGCAAACCGGCACCGCCGACGAAGCUUGGAUGGACGUCGUCAAGUCUACUAUCGGGAUCAAGGUCCCCACCACUGUACUCGUCCCCCUAAUUGAAUUUCAGAUUGCAGCCUUACAGCUUGCCCUUGCCCUCCUCUCCCAGGUCGCUGGCGGUCGACGUAAACGAUUUGUCACGAGUUAUGCGCCUCUGUCCGGUCUCGAAGCGCAGCUUCGCCAGCAGGCAAAACUCGUUGAAGAUGCACGCGAGGCCACUGAACUACUUGAGCUCCUAGACGAAUGUGUAGCCGAAUUGUCUCUUUUGCGAUAG